GUACUUCUCACUUCUUUAUUAAGAAUAUGUUGUUGCACGUGAAUACUGUAGACUACAGACUAUAGCCUGCAAGGUUCGCUAACGGAAGCGAAACUACGUGCUCAUGUUCCUCGGAAACGUUUGCAAUCGUUAUAGAGUUUCUGCAUAAACUGUUUGCCAUGUCGUCCGACGCUCUGAAGAAACGCAAGCCCAAAGUGAUUCGCAAUGAAGCGGGCACGCCAGAGAAUAAACGUUGCAGGGGAGAAGGAGACCAGGAUGCCAGGGUUUACAAUGAGGACAUGGAAUUGGAGGGAAGGGACCCUGCCCAGGAUUAUGGUCAGUACAAGGAGACCUGUGAAACACUGGCCAAACUUAUGGCUGAAAUCCAGGAACUGAAGACCAGUGGUUCCAGAGACAGCUUGAUUGAAAUAGAAGAGCGACGCAUGCAAAGCUGCAUCCAUUUUAUGACCCUUAAGAAGCUGAACCGCCUGGCACACAUGAGACUAAAGAAGGGCCGUGAUCAGACUCAUGAGGCCAAACAGCGAGUUGAUGCCCUCCAUCUCCAGCUGCAGAACCUGUUGUAUGAAGUAAUGCACCUACAAAAGGAAAUUAGCAAGUGUUUGGAGUUCAAGUCAAAACAUGAGGAGAUAGAACUAGUCAGAGUUGAUGAGUUCUUCCAAGAAGCCCCCCCAGAUAUAUCACGCCCUCAGCUCACAAAAGAUGACCCUCACCAACUUACUCUUGCCCGUUUGGACUGGGAGCUGGAGCAGAGGAAGAGGCUGGCUGAGAAAUAUAAGGAGUCACUUGCCAGCAAGGAGAAAAUACUUAAAGGCAUUGAGGUGAAGAAGGAGUAUCUGAGCAGCUUGCAGCCUGGUCUCAAUGCCAUCAUGCAGGCCUCACUCCCUGUGCAAGAGUAUUUGUCCAUGCCCUUUGAGCAGACACAGAAACAGAACGAGGUUGCCCGCCAUCUGCCACCACCACUGUAUGUGUUGCUGGUCCAGGCCAAUGCUUACAGCCAAGCUUGUGAUAAGAACUUGGCUGUGUCCGUCAGUGGGGAUGUGGAUGAAGCCAAAGCCCUGUCCAAGCCCCCGGAGGACUCCCAAGAUGAUGAAAGUGACUCUGAUGCAGAAGAGGAGCAGCAGAACACAAAGCGUCGACGGCCCACUCUUGGUGUCCAACUAGAUGAUAAGCGGCGGGAGAUGUUAAAGCGGCACCCUUUGUCCCUUUGUGUUGACCUCAAGUGUAAAGAUGGCAGUGUACUGCACCUGUUCUUCUAUUAUCUGAUGAACCUCAACAUCAUGACUGUAAAGGUCAAGGUGUCAACUGCCACUGACCUGACUGGGGCCAUUAGUGCUGGGGAGCUGUUGAACCCCGAGAUGCUGCUCAAUUGCUUGUAUGCCAAUGACCAGGGAGUAGAGACACCCAACCCAGCUAACCGCUACCAGUUUGAUAAAGUUGGAAUCACCACAUUUGGGGACUACAUGUCUGAGCUUGGGCACCCCUACAUUUGGGUGCAGAACCUGGGGGGAGUACAAUUUCCCAGUGAGAGACCUGAGUCUGUCCCAGGAGGCAGCUCUCUGAGUGCCAGUCACAUGGAGACCACCAUGAAGCUCCUAAGAGGUCGUCUCCAGUCACGCCUAGCCCUGCACAAGCAAUUCUCCUCCCUGGAGCACAGCAUUGUGCCGGUGUCCUGUGAAUGCCAGCACCUUUUCCCUGCAAAAGUGGUUUCACGCCUGGCCCAGUGGACAACUAUAAACUACCAAGAGUAUGCGGAGUUGCCGUUCACCCAGCAUGUUGCCCUGGCUGGCCUAGCUCAGGAGACAGACAUGUACUUCUUGGCUCUCAUUGAAAGAGGCACAGCUCGACUUCAGGCUGCUGUGGUGCUGAACCCUCGCUACCCUGAGGUCACCCCCCUCUUCGCCCUCUCCCUCAACUGGAAAGGGGAACGCAGUAGCAGGACAGACGAUAACCUACGGGCUAUGGAGAGUGAAGUCAAUGUGUUCCGAUCAGAACUGCAAGGGCCCCGUCCUGGCUACCAGCUGUUGACCAAUCAGCUGCAGCGUCUGUGUCUGUGUCUGGACGUCUAUCUGGAGACUGAAAGUCAGGACGAAAGUGUGGAGGGGCCCCGGGAGUUCCCACGUGAAAAGAUGUGUCUACGGACUGUGAGGGGUCCGAAUCGCCUGAAGCCCUUCAAAUAUAACUAUCCCCAGGGAUUCUUCAGUCACCGCUGAGCAUGAAGUCCCAGGCUGAGGGGAUGACCCUGUCACUGUCUUUAGACACUGUACUUUCUAAAUGCUUUCAGGCCUUUUUUUAACCUGCACAGGAUAAUGUCUAUGUAGAUAGGACAAUAAAAUAGGUUUUGUUCAAAUGC